UUUUUCCCCUAAAAAAAGGAGUCAAAAUUAUCUAAGAAUUCCACCAUUGUUGUCUCUUUUCUAAAAUAUCUCCUUCAUAGGCAUCGAAACUUCUUCUCUAAGUAUCAAAAAUUUCUUAGUUUACUCCAUUCACACACUGUUAGAUCGAAAAUAAUCCCUAGAUACAACAACCCCAUUUCAUAUAUUUUUGUUUGUCUUACUAUUAAUGCUUAGAUCUGUUCUGCAUUUUAUCUUUCUUUUCUUGAUAGAUUCAUAGUUUGUUUUGUUUGUUUGUAUUAAAGAUUGAAUCUUUGAGGUUUAAUUUGCUGUUUUACACAACGUGGGAUUCAAAAAAGUACAUUUUUUGAAUGUACUUGACCAAGAAAGCAUAUUCCCCUUCUUCUACUUUUGUUACAUUAAGAGGGGUGUUCUUGAUUGCUAGAUCUGUUCUGAAUUUUCACCAUUUAUAGUUUGGUUGUGAAAAAAGAUUCAAUCUUUGGGGUUUAAAUUGUUUAUUACACAAUGGGGGAUUCAAAAAAGUACAUAACAGCUGAAGAGUUAAAGAAGCAUAACAAAAGAGAGGAUAUAUGGAUCUCUGUUCAGGGGAAAGUUUACAAUGUGACAGAUUGGAUUAAGCAACACCCUGGUGGGGAUAUCCCUAUACUUAAUCUCGCUGGACAAGAAGCAACUGAUGCAUUCAUUGCUUUUCAUCCAGGUACUGCUUGGAAACAUCUUGAUAACUUCUUUACUGGUUAUUAUUUGGAAGAGUAUGAGGUUUCUGAGGUAUCAAGGGAUUACAGAAAACUUUGUGUUGAAUUUGCUAAAGCUGGAUUAUUUGAAAAAAAGGGUCAUGGGGUUAUGUAUUCCUUCUGUUUUAUUGGUUUUUUGCUUUUCUUGACUUUCUAUGGUGUACUUUUUAGUAAUAGUUUCUUGAUUCAUAUGCUUUCUGGGGCAUUGUUGGGGUUAACUUGGAUGCAGAUUUCUUAUUUGGGUCAUGAUUCUGGUCAUUACAUAAUCAUGACAACUAAAGGAUUCAACAAAAUGGUACAGAUUAUGUCAGGGAAUUGUCUAACUGGGAUUAGUAUUGCUUGGUGGAAAUGGACUCAUAAUGCCCAUCAUGUGGCCUGUAAUAGCCUGGAUUAUGACCCUGAUCUUCAGCACUUGCCAGUUUUUGCUGUCUCUUCCAGUCUGUUUAAAUCAUUGAAUUCUACCUUCUAUGGAAGAGAGUUAACGUUCGAUUCCUUGGCGAAAUUCUUUGUCAGCUAUCAACAUUUUACGUUCUAUCCUAUCAUUUGUGUUUCCAGGGUGAAUUUAUUUGUCCAGACAUUGUUGCUAUUGUUCUCAAAGAGAAAAGUGCCUGAUAGACUUUUGAACAUAUUGGGGAUCAUGGUUUUCUGGACUUGGUUUCCGCUUCUUGUUCUCGCCUUGCCUAAUUGGACAGAGAGGGUGUUGUUUGUUCUUACAAGCUUUGCUGUGACUGGGAUUCAACAUGUUCAAUUCUGUCUGAAUCAUUUUGCUGCUGAUGUCUAUGUUGGACAGCCCAAGGGGAACGAUUGGUUUGAGAAACAAACAGCGGGGACUAUUGACAUUGAUUGUUCUCCUCUGAUGGAUUGGUUCUUUGGAGGAUUGCAGUUCCAGCUUGAGCAUCAUCUGUUUCCAAGGCUGCCUAGGUGCCAAUUGAGGAAAAUUUCUCCUAUUGUGCAGGAGCUGUGCAAAAAGCACAAUUUGCCCUACAAGAGUGUGUCCUUCUAUGAGGCCAAUAGGUGGACAAUAAGGACACUCAGGACCGCGGCAAUGCAGGCUAGGGGUCUGCUCUGGGAAGCUGUCAACACUCAUGGCUAAUAUAAUUUUUUUGCACGAUAUUGGAAAUUUUUGUAAGUUAUUGUUUGUUUUUAUUGCAAUUUGAUAAUGUUUAUUGUAUUGGUUGGAACAGAGAGGGAAUGGUUCUAAUUUCUCCGCUGCUUGCAAUACGAUUUGUAAUUUUGUUUCAGGAACAUACUUAAAACUGCUUCAGUGUAAAGUUACUACUAAAACUACCUGAAUCAAAUACUAUAUGCAUAUAUUAUCUGCAGCUGUA